AUGGAGGCUAUCCGCAUGUCUUCUCCCCAGUCCCCAGCCUUCGAGCUGACGGACCCGAUCUCGCGUGUGACAUCGCGUGUAUCGCGGGUCUCCCUUGAUACGAAUCCCAAAGCUGCCAACGAGGUAGAUCCCGAGGCUCUCAAGUUGAAUCUCGAGGCUGCCAAGGACAAGGGUUUGUCACCAAGUACGACUACGGCGGUGAUCGAUAAUGCGGAGAGGGACGACCCGUUCGAGGUGCGCUGGGACGGGCCGGACGACCCCCACUGCCCGCUCAACAUGUCGACGGCGCGGAAGUGGGCGAUCGUUAUGGUCAUCGCCGUCUCCUGCCUCUGCGUGACCUGCUGCUCCUCCAUGGCCGCCAUGACGUACAAGGGCAUGAUCACCUCGUUCGGCAUCAACACAACACUGUGCAUCUCCUCCAUCUCGUUCUUCGUCAUGGGUCUCGGUUGUGGGCCGCUCCUCCUCGGCCCCGUGUCCGAGUUCAUGGGCCGCAAGCCGGUAUUGCACGGCGGAUUCGCCCUCUUCUUCCUUUUCAACUUUCCCGUCGCAUUCGCGCCGCACAUCGGCGUCCACCUCGCGUUCCGCUUCGUCACGGGCUUCGUGGGCAGCGCGUUCCUCAGCGUCUCGGGUGGCGCGAUCACGGACGUGUUCCACAACACUCACGUCGCGACGCCUAUGAUGAUCUUUAGCUCAGCACCCUUCCUGGGUCCAGUCCUUGGACCGCUCCUAUCAGGCUUCAUCAACCAACGUCAGCCUGACUGGCGAUGGACGUACUACGUCGUCAUCAUGUGGGCCUUCGUGUGCAUGGUGGCGCUCCUCAUUCUCCUCCCCGAAACGUACGACCCGCAGCUCCUGAAACGCAAAGCGAAACAUCUCCGCAAGACUGACAACAGAUGGCGUGCUCCGAUUGAGAAGUUUGACCGCUCCUUCACCGCUGCGCUCAAGCACUCGCUUAGAACGCCCUUCCGCCUCCUAGCAACAGAACCCAUGGUCCUCUUCCUCGACCUGUGGUCCGCUCUCAUCCUCGGUAUUCUCUACCUUUCCUUCUCGGGUGUGCCCUACAUCUUCCGGACACAACACGGCUUCUCCCUCGAACAGACGGGCAUGUCGUUCCUAGGCAUUGGGGCAGGACAGGUCGCCGCAGCCCUCUCCCAACCACUCUUCAACCGCGCCUAUGCCAAAGUAUCCGCCGCGCAUGGCGGACACGCUCCCCCCGAAGCACGACUGGUGAUGGGCAUGGCUGGAGGUGUCAUCUGCCCCGUCGGCCUCCUCCUCCUCGGUCUCACCGCCUUCAAGGACGUGCAUUGGAUCGUGCCGAUUAUCCUCAGCAGCCUCUUCGGGUUGGGGUUGGUGUACGCUUACACCGCGACGUUUACGUACCUGGUGGAUGCGUAUAGGCCAGUCGCAGCAAGCGCAUUGGCCAGUAACAGCUUCCUGCGGAGUACGUUCGCCGCGGGAUUCCCUCUCUUCGGGCUGCCGCUGUACCAACGCUUGGGUGCUGUGGGCGCGACUUGCCUCCUCGCAGGCUUACUGUUCCUGUUCACACCGGUUCCUUUCGUGCUGUACAGAAUUGGCGCUCGAGUACGUGCCAAGUCGAGCUUUACAGCGCACAGUUAG